AUGCAACUGGGGCGUAUUUGGAAAACUAAUUUAAAACAUGCUAUUCAUGCCCAUGUGCCUGUUCAGGAUAGUUUACCGGUUUAUAAAGGCAACGAUAAAUUAGAUGGUGUCAUCGAUACAGCCUGCGCAUUUCGUAUUGAUUUUUUAAAUCCAUCUACGGAUGCCACGCUACCUACUGGCAAAUCCAUUGAUGUGAUUAAACUAGAUGAAGGUAGCCAUAUCGAAGCAUCGCUGAUUAACGCAGGAAAUCCAAUUAUAUUUGUGCGCGCUGGUGAUUUUGGUUUAACAGAUGCUGAGCUGCCUGGCCAAUUAAGUCAUUCUGAACUGUUGCAAAAAAUUGAGCAAUCCAACACAUUGGCGCAUGUGUAA